AUGGAGCCGCGGGCGCUCGUCACGGCGCUCAGCCUCGGCCUCAGCCUCUGCUCCCUGGGGCUGCUCGUCACGGCCAUCUUCACCGACCACUGGUACGAGACCGACCCCCGGCGCCACAAGGAGAGCUGCGAGCGCAGCCGCGCCGGCGCCGACCCCCCGGACCAGAAGAACCGGCUGAUGCCGCUGUCGCACCUGCCGCUGCGGGACUCGCCCCCGCUGGGGCGCCGGCUGCUCCCGGGCGGCCCGGGGCGCGCCGACCCCGAGUCCUGGCGCUCGCUGCUGGGGCUCGGCGGGCUGGACGCCGAAUGCGGCCGGCCGCUCUUCGCCACCUACGCGGGCCUCUGGAGGAAGUGCUACUUCCUGGGCAUCGACCGGGACAUCGACACCCUCGUCCUGAAAGGUAUUGCGCAGCGAUGCACAGCUAUCAAGUACCACUUUUCUCAGCCAAUCCGCUUACGCAACAUUCCUUUCAAUUUAACCAAGACAAUCCAGCAAGAUGAAUGGCACCUGCUUCAUUUAAGAAGAAUCACCGCUGGGUUCCUGGGCAUGGCUGUGGCCGUCCUUCUGUGUGGCUGCAUUGUGGCCACGGUCAGUUUCUUCUGGGAGGAAAGUCUGACCCAGCAUGUGGCUGGACUCCUGUUCCUCAUGACAGGGAUAUUUUGCACCAUUUCGCUCUGCACUUACGCUGCCAGUGUCUCUUAUGAUUUGAACCGGCUCCCGAAGCUAAUUUAUAGCCUGCCUGCUGAUGUGGAACAUGGCUACAGCUGGUCUGUCUUUUGCGCCUGGUGCAGUUUAGGCUUUAUUGUGGCAGCUGGAGGUCUCUGCAUCGCUUAUCCGUUUAUUAGCCGGACCAAGAUUGCACAACUAAAGUCUGGCAGGGACUCCACUGUAUGA